UGGCUUUUUGAAGUCUGGCUUUAUUGGACUGGAUCUGAAGACACUGUCGUGGGCUUCACUGAAACCAGAGGCUGACGCUACCAAACAGAGCUGGGAUGCUGACAGUAAUAAAACAAAGAUAAAUGAAGUCUUCCUCACUGACAUCUGUCCAGAGCGGCUGAAGAUGUUUUUGGGCAGUGGGAACAGCUCCCUGCAGAGAACAGUUCCUCCUUCAGUGUCUCUCCUCCAGAGGACUCCCUCCUCUCCAGUCAGCUGCCACGCUACAGGUUUCUACCCAGACAGAGCCGUGAUGUUCUGGAGGAAAGAUGGAAAGGAGAUCGAUGAAGUUGUGCCCCACAGAGAGAUCCUCCCCAACAAUGAUGGGACCUUCCAGAUGAGUGUUGAUCUGAAUGUUUUAUCAUUUAGACCAGAAGACUGGAGCAGAUACGAGUGUGUGUUUCAGGUCUCUGAUUUCAAGAAGAACAUUCUCACCAAAGUUUUUGUUUGGAAUCCAAGAAUAGCAGCUGUUACUACUGAAUAACUAAUGGAGAUUCUAACAGACAAGAAGAAACAAAUUCAGUGCUUGUAUAUAUAAAUUUAUAACUGUUUUUUAUUCCAAAAAUGCAAGAUAUCAAUGUUAUUAGUAUUCUUAAAAUGAAUCCAGUUUAAAUUUCAGGUUCACAGUGUCCGUACCAGGGGUGUCAAACUUAUGACCCGUGACACCAAACAAGCAGGAAAGAUAAAGAAGAGAUUAGCAUCAAAACA